AUGAUUCUUUUUAAUACUCUAAGUCUAGCAAGAACAAACGCUAUUCUGAAAAAAUCGGUACUAUUACAAUCAACAUAUUCUCGUUUAUAUGCUAAAUCCCAAAAAUCUAAAUCAUCAAAAGCUGGAUCUUUAACUGUUGAUCCACCACAGCCGUGGGGACCGAUUCCAACACAAGGACAAAUCAAUUACCAUAGAGAAGAACUUUCCGCAUUCAUUCACUAUGGCAUGAACACAUUUACAGGAGUUGAAUGGGGUAAUGGCCAUGAAGAUGAGAAUUUAUUCGUUCCUGAUGGAUUGAAUACAGACCAAUGGGUUGCAACACUUAAGAAAGCCGGUUUUAAGAGAAUUAUUAUGAUUGGACGUCACCAUGAUGGAUUUUGCCUCUGGAAGUCCAAUUACACCCAACACCAAGUUAAUGCAAGUAAGCAAUUCCAAGAAACAUCCAAGAAAUUAGGUCAAUCUGGUGAUGUUAUUGAAGAAUUGUCAAAGAGUUGCUCAAAGUAUGACAUGAACAUGGGAGUUUACUUAUCUCCAUGGGAUGCCAACUCCAGUUAUUAUGGAAAUGAGCAACUUUACAAUGAAUAUUACAUGAACCAGCUCAGUGAAGUUCUUGGAAGUGCAGACAAGCGCUAUGGUAACAAAGGCAAGUUUGUUGAAGUCUGGAUGGAUGGCGCUAAAGGAACAGGUGCGGCAGAUCAAAAGUAUUGGUUCUUGAAAUGGUUCGAACUGAUUGAAAGAUUACAACCAGGAGCUGUUGUCUUCUCUCCAUACGGUUCAACUGUUCGUUGGAUUGGAAACGAAGCAGGUCACGCUGGCGAAACUUGCUGGUCCAAAUUAAACCAGACAAGACAAAGAGCAUGGUACGAUAAGACCGGUGGUGAUGAGCCAGCAUAUCUUAAUGCAGGUGAUCCAACAGGAGAUAUUUGGUCUAUCGGUGAAUGCGAUGUUUCAUUAACUUCAGGAUGGUUCUGGAAAGCAGGCAAAGUUCCAAAGACAAUGCAAGAACUCUCUGAUUUAUACUUCAAGUCCGUUGGCCGUGGUCAGCCAUUCUUAUUAAAUGUUCCACCAAAUACAACCGGUUUAAUGGAUCAGGCCUUCCUUAACAGAGUUGCCGAGCUUGGAGACACAAUUGACAAGACAUUCUCUCUCAACUUUGCUUCAACACCAACUGCAUCUGCAACAGCAUCAAGCUACAGAGGAAAUGAUGACAAAUACAGUCCAAAGAAUGCAAUUGAUGACAAAUUCGAGACAUACUGGACAAUGGAUGAUGACAAGAAGACAGGAUGGAUCGAAAUUGAUUUAGGACAAACAAGAAAAUUCGAUAUCGUUUCAAUUUCUGAACAUAUCGAACUUGGCCAGCGUGUUGAGAAGUUCCUUGUUGAAUACCAAGCAGAAAAUUCACAGACAUGGAACAAAUUCGAAGAAGGAACAACAAUUGGCGCUAAGAGAUUAUGUCGCCAAAUUGCAGUAACAGCAAGAAAAGUUAGAAUUACAAUUGUUUCAUCACAAGCUGUUCCUAUCAUUGAUAAGAUUGGUGUAUACAAGGCUUAUGGUGAGUUCGAAUUAGGAUCAGGAAUUCCUGAUGGUUUAGUCGAAGUUUUGUCUGAUAAAUUCAUUUUGGCUGAUAGAUGGAACCAUGAAAGUGAAGGAAUUUGGACAACAAAGGUUGCUGCUUUUGCACAAUAUGAAUUUACUGGCUCCAAGUUCUUUGUUUAUGGUAUUGUUGAUCCAAGUCAUGGCCAUGUCGAUGUUUUUGUUGAUGAUCAGAAAGUAGAUACUUUCGAUUCACAUGCCUCUGAAAGAAAAUUACGUCAAUUACUCUUCUCUUCACCAGACUUUGCUUAUGGAAAACAUACAGUAAGAUUAGUUCUUGUUGAUAAGGCAAUGGCACUUCAUUCUCUUGAAUUACUUACAAAUGAAGGCCGUGGUAUGUUUGAAAUCGAAAAAUUAGAUUAUGAUGUACCAAAAGGUGGCAAAUUCCAACUCAAGAUUAAGAGAGUUGGCGGUGUAGAUGGUGAAUGUAAAGUUACAUUGCAAACAACACAUGGAUCUGCUGUUCAUGACAGACAUUAUGAAGAUAUAACACUUGAUUUAGAAUACAAACAAAAUGAGAAUGAAAAGACUGUUUUUAUCCAUACAAUCAAUAACACAGAAACAACAGGAAAUCUUACAUUCUUCUGCCAAAUUGUUGAUCCAACAAACAAAGCAAUUAUUGGAUAUAACCAAUUAUCAACUGUUACAAUAUACAACGGAAAGGUUCCUCCAGAGGCAUUGAUUAAAGUAACAGCUGAUAAAUUCACAACAUCUGGCGAAUGGCAUGAUUUCGAUGAAUCAAAUGGAGCUGAAAAUGGAAUUUGGUCAGAAGUCAAUGGAUCGUAUGCUGAAUACACAUUCUCAGGUACUAAAUGCUACGUAUUUGGAACAACAGGAAAGAAAGAUUCCUUUGUUGAAGUUUAUGUCGAUGGUGUCAAGGCCAGAUCAUUCUUUGUCUUUGCAGGUGAAAUCCAUAAGAAUGUUCUUAUCUUCGAAUCGAAUGAUUUAACUAACCAUGAUUUACACACUGUUAAAGUUUUGUUAUAUGAUGGUUUCAUCGGUGUAAACUACCUUCAAAUUCUUGAUAACGAUGAAGCAGGUAUUUAUGAAUUUAACAUGACAAGAAGAAUAGUUCAUAACGGAGACAAAACAUCAACUACAGUAAAGAGAUUAGGUGGUGACAAGCGUAAAUCAUAUGUCACAGUCAAAUCUAAGGAUGGAACAGCGAAAAGUGAUGUUGAUUACAAACCAAUCAAUACUAAAUUAUUCUUCGAUGUUAAUGAAAACGCGAAGGAAGUAAUAAUAGAAACAAUAGAAAACAAAGAUCAUGAUAAGAAUAUUACAUUUAAUCUAGAAAUUAGUGAUGCAACAAAUGAUGCUUUAAUUGUAUUCAAUAACGUAACUGAAAUCGAAAUCAAUGCUAAACCAAAUCCAACUGAAUUACCAACACCAACUCCAAGCCCAGCUAAGGAAAAUACAACUAAAUUUGUUAUUAUAUUUGUUGCUGUUUUGGUUGUUAUUUUGGUUUGUGUUGCUGUUAUCUUUGUAGCAAUGAGAAAUCAUUGA